UGUAAUUUUAUUAAAAAUUGUGGGUCCAAUGUAUUCAGCUUUCUACCUUUCUAAGAUCAAACCAUUCGUGAUUCUCCACCACCUUCGUUAUCGUACAAUUUAUCCUAAAGAUUCUGAUCCUCCCACAUUUUACCCAAGGGUUAUGAGAGUACCCGCACCGGAAGCCCUAAAAUCGGAACUUUGUGAACGAAUGGACUCGCAGACGAGCCGGAGCGGGUCAUCAACGUCCUCCGGGCGGACCUCUGUGAUCGAUUCUUUACGCGGGUGCACUUUGGCCGGCGUGCGGAUCCCCAAGGAGGAGUUGAGGAAAAAAUUAACGCUGCCUGAAUACAUGAGACUGGCGAUGAAGGAGGCCGUCCAGGCUAAGAACGUCGAAGCCAAUACAAUGACUCAGCUCUACCAGGCGGCUCACUCGGAUGGAGCCGAGCCACCGGAGCUGCCUGAGUCGCCAUUGGUUGUUUUUAUUAAUUCCAAGAGCGGCGGGCGCCAUGGCCCCGAACUAAAAGCCCGACUUCAAGCUCUCAUGGGCGAAGAGCAGAUUUUUGAUCUCCUAGUAGUGAAGCCUCAUGAAUUUGUUCAGUAUGGAUUGGGUUGCCUGGAGAAGUUUGCUGCUCUUGGGGACAGCUGUGCUAAAGAGAUUCGUGAAAAACUGAGGAUUGUGGUUGCAGGAGGUGAUGGUACUGUGGGCUGGGUCCUUGGAUGCCUAGGAGAGCUUGACAAACAUGGCCGAUUGCCAGUUCCCCCUACAGGAAUUAUCCCACUCGGUACCGGAAAUGACUUGUCUAGGAGUUUUGGUUGGGGUGGGGCAUUCGCUUUCAAUUGGAAAUCAGCUAUAAAAAGAACACUUGAUAGGAUAGCCAAUGGGCGCAUUUGUCGUUUGGAUAGUUGGCAUGCUUUGAUAUCAAUGCCAGCAGGAGAGGAGUUGGAUACACCUUAUUCUCUCAAGGCAACAGAAGAGAUACCUCUUGAUCAGGAACUGGAAGUUGAAGGGGAGUUGGCGGAGAAGGUCUCCUGUUAUCAGGGAGUCUUUUAUAAUUAUUUUAGCAUAGGAAUGGAUGCCCAGGUUGCUUAUGGUUUCCAUCACCUACGCAAUGAAAAACCUUACCUUGCUCAAGGUCCUAUUUCAAACAAGAUAAUUUAUUCUGGAUAUAGUUGCAAGCAAGGCUGGUUCUUCACACCAUGCAGCAGCGAUCCAGGGUUGAGGGGACUAAAUAACAUCUUGAGGAUAUAUGUCAAGACGGUCAAUUCUCCAGAAUGGGUGCAAAUUCCUAUUCCAUCAAGUGUGAGGUCUGUAGUUGCUCUAAAUCUUCCCAGUUAUGGAAGUGGAAGAAAUCCAUGGGGUACUUUGAAACCAGAGUAUUUAGAGAAGAGAGGAUUUGUUGAGGCCCAUGCUGAUGAUGGUUUCUUAGAAAUUUUUGGUUUGAAGCAUGGAUGGCAUGCUUCAUUGGUUAUGGUUGAACUUAUCUCUGCCAAACACAUAGCUCAGGCCUCAUCUAUUCGAUUUGAGCUUAGAGGAGGAGAGUGGACAGAGGCAUAUAUGCAGAUGGAUGGUGAACCAUGGAAACAACCGAUGAACAAGGAGUUCUCGACAUUUGUGGAAAUUAAACGUGUAACUUUUCAGUCAGUUAUGGUGCAUGGGGAGUAAUUUAAAUGUUUGUAAUGCAUCUUUCCCCUCGGGGCUUCACAUAAUUAUUUACCUUGAUGCAUACAAUUCUCUGGGCAUCAAGUUAUUGUUGUGAAAAUCUCUAGUUCGUCUGUCUCUAAUCCCUUUAGAAGAAAUUAGUUUAGUUGAUUCCAGCACCUGUACCAAAUUAAUAUGCUGUUGUUUUUCAUUUUUGCGACUUUCGGGAAAUCCUUUGUUUGGUAGAAUGAUUUAGAUAUAUUGACAG